AGCGCCUGGGUAGACACUCGCUCAGUUGGCCGACUCCCUCUCACCAGUCCUUGCACUCCCAGGAAUGCUGGCACACCGACGGACCAGGUUGGUCUGCAGGGCUUGGGGGUUCGGCCUCCACCACGUGGCCCCGUUAGUACUGUGUGUCAACCUCAUCAUUGGAAUACUACCUGUGAACGCCAAAAACAUCAUAAAGAUUGGCUACCUGACAGGGUCUGAACCCCCGCAGGAUUCAUUCGUGUUAUACAAACGGCCUGGCAGCUUCAUAUCGGGGGCCUUAACUUAUGCCAUUGAGGAAGUGAACAACGACUCAUCAAUUCUUCCCAACUAUACACUGGAUUAUGUUAUUGCCGAGACGCAUGGGAAUGAGGGAAACAGCAUCAAGGAAACUGUUUUAUUGCGGGAGAAGAAUAUCUCUGUGUAUCUCGGCCCACAGGAAACGUGUGUUCACGAGGGCAGGAUAGCGGCGGCUUUCAAUUUACCCAUGAUAUCUUACUACUGUGCCCAGACAGAAGUGAGCAACAAACAGAAGUACCCGACCUUCGCCAGGACCAAGCCUACAGAUUCCCAGAUCUCCAAGAGUCUUGUGUCUAUCCUGAAGCUGUUCAACUGGAACAAAGUGACUUUCCUCCACAGUAACAGGACGUCGUACGUCGAUACUGCGGAUACCAUAUGCAAGUUGCUGAAGGAGUACGGCAUCAACGUGACGUUUCGCAGAGAAUACAUCAGCCCCUACUUCCACAAACACAUGGAGAACCCUUUCGUCAAGAUCGUGGCGGAGACCAAGACCGACACCAGAAUCUACGUCAUGCUGGGCCUCUACUACGAGUUUAUGGGGCUCAUGGACCACCUGUAUGAAGCCGGACUCCUCGACAGCGCAGACUACUUCGUGGUCGGCGUGGAGGUCAACCAGUUCGACUCCAUGAAUCCCCAGAAAUUCAUGCAAGGUUUAUUCGACACGAACGUAACAAGGCGCAGUGCAGCAGCGUUCCGACACUUCUUAAGCGUUGUUACGUCACCUCCCAUCAUGCCCGACUUCGACAUCUUCAGCAGUGUCGUCAAUCACUAUCUGGAAGCCCCGCCCUUCAACUACUCCAACCCAUUCAAGGAUAUGGGAGGGAAAAAAGCUAUUCGACCGGAAGCUGCGUAUCUUUACGACGCCGUGUGGUUGUAUGCACGUGCAACGCAAGAAGUGCUUGAGAAGGGGGGCGACAUCAACGAUGGACGAGCCAUUAUAAACCAGAUCAUGGGAAUGACAUACAAAAGUGCCCUCGGCUACAUCAACCGCAUCAACUCCAGGGGGGAUGCAGAGGGCAACUUUUCUUUAGUUGCAAGGCGACCAAUACCCGACAAUCCCGACGAGUGGGGAUUGCUGCCUGUUGGUGUGUUCCAACUGAAUGACAACAUCUCGGAACUACCGACUUUUCAUUUCUACGAUGGCGAGAAGAUACACUGGAUCUCUGGCGCACCCCCGCGGGACGAGCCUGAGUGUGGGUACAGGCACGAGAAGUGUAUCCCCCCUAAAAUUGUAAGGGUGAAUGGAAAAG